UGAAUAUCAAACUUGGAAUUUCCCACUAUUUGAUUUCAAGGGACUAAAGUAAGAAAAGAAAAUUACAGGGGGGGAAAAUGUGAUAGUAAACAAAAGUUUAAGGGGUAAAAGUGAAAUUAACCCUGAAGGCUGCAACAGUUAUCCACCCAUUCUCAAAAACUUGGUUGAUCAAUGAUCGGAGUUUGCAGCAUUCAGCUGUCACUCUCAGCGCGGCCGGUUUCCGCCGGCUUCCGCCAACUUCCGCCGUUAGUAUGUGUGCUAACCAAACAAGGCCAGCGGCUUCUCUCCUCCAUCGCCACCAGCGAACAGCCAUCAGCCGCCAUUAGCUUGCUCCGCAAAUUCGUGGCCUCAUCUUCCAAACACGUGGCACUCUCCACCCUUUCCCAUCUCCUCUCCCCCUCCACCUCUCACCCUCGUCUCUCCUCCCUCGCAUUUCCAUUGUACGGAAUAAUCGAGCAGGAAUCGUGGUUUACCUGGAACUCUAAGCUCGUCGCAGAUUUGAUUUCGUUGUUGUAUAAGGCAGAAAGGUUUGACGAAGCGGAUAAUUUGUUUGGUGAAACAGUUUCGAAAUUAGGGUUCAAAGAACGAGAUUUGUGCACGUUCUACUGCAAUUUAGUAGAUUCUCAUGCUAAGCACAUGUCCGAAAGAGGGGUUUCGGAUUCUUGCACACGAUUAAAACAGCUGAUUUUGGCUUCAUCUUCCGUUUAUGUGAAGCAGAAAGGGUAUGAAUCAAUGAUUGCUGGAUUUUGCGAAAUCGGAUCGCCUGAUAAGGCUGAGAAUUUGAUGGAAGAAAUGAGACAGAAUGGGCUGAAACCAUCUGCAUUCGAGUUGAGAACACUUGUCUACGGAUAUGGGCAGAUGGGAUUACUUGAAGAUAUGAAGAGAAGUGUUGGUCAAAUGGAGAAGGAAGGGUUCGAAUUGGAUACAGUGUGUUAUAAUAUGGUGCUUUCAUCAUUCGGUGCUCGAAAUGAGUUUCUUGAUAUGCUCUUGUGGUUGAAGAAGAUGAGGAAUUCGGGCAUACCCUUUUCGAUUAGAACUUAUAAUUCGGUUCUAAAUUCAUGUCCGACGGUUAUAUUGUUGUUGGAAGAUAUGAAAAGUUUGCCUCUUUCGGUGAAUGAGUUGGUGGAUAAUUUGAAAACUGGCGAGGCGGAUUUGGUGUUGGAAUUGAUGAAAUCGGAUGUUCUUGAUCAGGUAAUGGAGUGGAAGUCAACGGAGUUGAAGCUGGAUAUGCAUGGAAUGCAUUUGAGUACUGCUUAUUUGAUACUCCUUCAAUGGUUCAAGGAGUUGAAAGUGAGGUUUGGUGAUGGAAAUCACGAAACUCCAACUGAGAUUUUGGUGGUUUGUGGGAGUGGAAAGCAUAGUUCUAAAAGAGGAGAAUCGCCGGUGAAAGUUUUGGCGAAAGAAAUGGUGACGAGGAUGAAAUGCCCGUUGAGGAUUGAUAGGAAGAAUAUUGGGUGCUUCAUUGGCAAAGGAAAAACUUUCAAGGAUUGGUUGUGUAAUGAGGAUUCCAACAAAAACCCUGCAGAAAUUAUCAAGGCACAAGUAUAAAUAAUUUGAUGCAAUGUCACUUUGAAUUUGUUUUGGAAAAGCAUAAAAGUUGAUCAAUAGACCCAGCUAAAACA